AUGGCUCCACGAAUUGCUAUUGUCUUUUAUUCAAUGUAUGGCCACAUUGAAAAGCUGGCUCAAGCCGAGCUCAAGGGCAUCGGGAGUGCUGGAGGAUCUGCGGAUCUCUUUCAGAUCCCGGAGACUCUGUCUGAGGAAACCCUUGCGAAAAUGAACGCGCCGCCCAAGUCCUCGAUCCCUAUUGCUCAGCCCGAGAAGCUUCUCGAGUACGACGGCAUUCUCUUCGGUAUCCCCACCCGGUACGGGAACUUCCCAGCACAAUGGAAAGCCUUCUGGGACAGCACUGGGGGCAUUUGGGCAACCGGCGGCUACUGGGGUAAAUACGCCGGUCUGUUCGUCUCCUCUGGCGUGCAAGGUGGCGGCCAGGAGUCGACCUGUCUUGCGGCGAUGAGCACACUGGCCCACCACGGCUUCAUCUAUGUCCCGCUGGGAUACAAGACUACGUUUGCUCACCUGGCCAAUCUCGAGGAGAUCCACGGAGGUAGCCCCUGGGGUGCAGGGACCUUUGCUGCGGCCGAUGGCUCCCGCCAGCCUACUGAGCUGGAGCUCAAAAUUGCCGAAGCUCAGGGUAAGGCGUUUUAUGAACAUGUGGCGAAGGCGAAUCCUUAG